UGGAAAACGGCAGUUUUAGGGACUCAAAGGAAAGGGGUGCUCCCUGGGAGUCAGGAGGGGACUGACCAGAGAGAAGGAGUCCUGAGAGGCGCUUGGUCGCGAGGGCACAGGGCUCUAUGGGUGGCGGUGAGGGACCUGGGCCUCAGCGGGCAGAUCACAGAGGGCUUGGAUGAGGGGACAAGGCCCUCAGGGGUACAGGGCGAUGCUCUGCGUGGCCAGGCAGGGGUGGGGCGACCGGGAGCUGUCCAUGGUGGCUACAGGACGACCGGGGACACGCAGGACCUGGCGCGGUGGCCUGGGAGGGUGGGCCGGAACAAAGGGAUCAUGGUGGCCUGGGGACCCCUCCCCACCCUCGGUGGCCGCGGCCGCCCUGCCGCCUACCUGGGCCGCUGUGGUCCCCGUCUGCGCUGCUGUCCGCGCCGCCGCAGUCCCGAUGUCCCCGCCCCAGCCGCGCUCCGCCCCGCCCGCCCCGCCCGCCCCGCCCGCCAGGACCCGGGCCCGGGCCCUUGCAGCCCAAGGUCACCGCCAAGCCCGCCCUGGGUGUCCAUCAGCCGCCGGGGGGCAAGCCGAGCGCUGGGCAUCCGGACAUCCACACCCACCCGAUCCACGUGGCUACCUGCACCCCAAGGGACACGGGGUAGAGGCUCUGCUUGCCCAGCAGCCCUGGGGUCCAUUCCCAGCACUGCAGGCACAGGCAGUGUGGUGCGGGCCUGUCGACCAGCACUGGAGACAGCAGGAGAACCAGGAGUCCAGAAUCAGACUCAACUACAGAGACUGCCUCAAACAAACAAAGAAGAAAAGAAAAAAGAUAAAACCCCAUUGUUCUUCUGGUAUGUAGUUCAGGGUAGAGCAUUCGCCCAACAUGCUGAGGCCCUGGCUCCACGCCCACAUCGCAGGAAAACGGAGCAGAACUUUACUUUGUUGGACCAGCAAGAAGGCUCGGCUGAGAAAGGGGCUUGCUGCUAAGCCUGAUAGCCGGAGCUGGAUCUCUGGGACUCACUUGGUGGGUGGAGAGAGCCAGUCCCAAAUUGUUCUCUGACCUCAGCACACACACAGAAAAACUGAUAAAUAAAAUGUAAUUUAAAUUUUAUUUUAAAACCUAGU